AUUUCUAAAAAAAAAAACAGGGAUAGAAACUUCCGUUCAAAACUGAAACCCCAUUAUCUUGCGAUGCCGAUGGAAUGAAAACCCCCUACGGGAUCCUGUUCUCCCUCUCCUUCCUUCUCCAACCGUAAAGGGUUGUAUGAAGAUCGUAUUUGUCUUGUUAAACCCUAAAUUUCAAAAUAUUUGUCAAGUCUCUGCUUCAUCACCAUGCUCUCUCGUCUUCUACCCAAACCCUCACAUUUCUCUCGCCUAACCCUAAUCUCCCCAAAUUUCCAUCCCUUCCCCCAACCCCAAAACCCUCUUUUCGCUACUUUCACUCCAAGGUUCUUCUCCAGUGACGAUGGUAAGGGUCCCUCCCAAUCAGAUGUUUGGAGGCUUUCUCAGGAAACCGAUGGAAAGUUUGACCUUUUAUUCGGCCAGAGCUCCGGGGACAUUUCCGGGAUUGCAGAAGUUGAAUCCAGCGAGGCCGAUUCCGACUGGUUGAAGGGGAAAGGAGGCGAGGAGUGGGAUACAUCGCAGGAGUACAAGAUGUGGAGCUUGGGAGAGGAGGCGAAGAGUGACUUGUUCGAUAUCGGAGAGGGUGUACAGACUGUUACUGUCAUUGACAGUGAGACAAGUAGAGAGGAGAUUGAGAAGGCUGAACAGGCUAAGAGGCUUGAGAAAGAGGAGCAGGAGCUUACUGCUGUUCUCAAAGGUCCGAAUCGUGCCUUUGGUGACCUUAUUGCUGCAUCUGGAAUCACAGACGAAAUGCUUGACACUUUGAUUGCAUUGAAGGAUUUUCAAGGGAUAAAGGGAUUGCCCCCUCUUUCAGAGAUUGAAGACAUUCGUUAUGAGAAAAAUACCAGAAAAUCCUCGAGAGCUGAAAUAGAGCGCCAGAAACAGGAGGAAGUUGCCAAAGCAAGAGUGAGAACAGUAGACGACAAGGGGAGAGCUUAUGGAACAGGAAGAAGGAAAUGUAGUGUAGCACGUGUCUGGAUUCAACCUGGUAAUGGUAAAUUCACAAUUAAUGAUAAACAAUUUGACACCUAUUUUCCAAUGCUUGAUCAUCGUGCUGCUCUCCUCCGACCUUUCUCUGAGACAAAAACGUUGGGCCUUUGGGACAUCGCUUGUAGUGUCCAAGGAGGUGGCACCACAGGUCAAGUUGGAGCAAUUCAAUUAGGAGUGAGCAGGGCCUUGCAAAAUUGGGAACCUGAUUUGCGUCCUGCUCUAAAAGAAUCUGGUUUCUUGACAAGGGACUCGCGUGUGGUGGAAAGGAAAAAACCCGGAAAAGCAAAAGCAAGGAAGAGCUUCCAGUGGGUCAAGCGUUGAUCAAGUACUCCGAGCUUGGUUUACUGCGCAGGUUUGUUUGGAACUUAAAAGUAUGAUUUACUGCAAUAACUUAUUGGGAUCCACUCGUAUGGCAUUUCAAGUGUAGCUUGUGAUAGACGAUGAGUGGUAGAAAAAUUUUGUAGAUUUUGUGGUGUGAUAAAACAUCCGGAGCUAUUUGAUUUGUUUCUGAUCCUUCCUUGCUUCCAGUCUGACAUUUUGUACUAGUAACUUUUACUGGAUUUAUUUGCGAACUUAGGUAAUAUUUGAGUUGUCUUA